UUAACUUCCUUCCUGCUUUUUGCACAUUAAACAAACACACUGCACACGGACGAGGUGUUAAAGCGCCCAUGGGAGAUCGUCCAUACAAUGAAUUGGCUAUGACAGGGACCCACAGAAGACAAAAGCGAAUUUGUAACUUUUCUACUGAUAAAGACGCGUUUUCCUGGAAUGUGUGAAGUCCCUGCGUAAAAGCUGUUUGCAGAUGUUUUCCUUUUGGGUCGUUGGGGAGUUUCUCACUAACUUGGUGAGGCUGACAUCAGACGGUCAUUGCUGAAGCUCACUGAGGUUUCUUUUAAUUUCGACGAGACACCAAUCGAAUCCGGCUCAACCACAAAACUGAGAUUAUCGGACCCCGUUUCCCCACUCGACCAACUCUCCAGCCCGUGGACAUGGUGUGGCGGUCCGCGAGGGGGCAGAGCCUUCACGACCCAGACAGCCCGACAGCCUAGAUGGGUGCUCUCACCACCGCAGAAGAGGCAGCCAGCCUGUUACUAUGGCUGCAUGCGCCCUGAACGGCCCCAUUAUGAUGAAUUCUGGCAACAUGAAAGGAGACAGCAGCAGUAGCAGCGGCACUGGCAGUGGUGGCGGAGGCGGCAGCAGCAGCGGCGGACCUCGUACGGGUCGGCCGGUGCUGCCCGUACCGGACCGAUCCACCUUCUCCCCGCUCCUGAUGAGCGUCGGUGGCAGCCCCUUCAGCCCCGGCAGCACCGGCACCAGCCCCGGGUCCCCAGGACCCACGCCUUCCUUCGUGUUCCCCCCGGUGCCGAGCCCCAGCGGACCGCGGGCGCGUUCUCCCUGCAGGCACCCCGACACGCUGGGGGUGAACGUGGGGAACCGCAUACGGCGACUCAGUAGCCCGUGCCGGAACCGAUUCGGCAGCGACGAGGAUGAUGGUGGAGGUGGAGGUGGAGGUGGUGGUGCUGGCGGGACGGCUAACGGUGAGAUCAAGCGGACUGUGCAGAUUGUGCAGGUCCACCGUGAGCUCCAGAACGUGGAGGUGACCAAGAAGGUCGGCCUGUUUGAGGCGCAGAUCUCGGACCUGCGCGCCCAGGUGGAGACCCAGAGGAGCCCCAGGAUUCCCCGGAGAACCGGCCCCCUCCCCUGUCCCAGCCCCAGCCCCGGUUCUGGUUCCGGUCCCAGUUUCGGGUCCAGUUUAAGUCCCCCGUCCAGUUUGAGUCCUAGUUUCAGCCUGAGUCCCACGCUCAGCCCUGGACUCGGACUCGGACUUGGAUUCGUCCCCUUACUAGGCCGUAGCCCCUCCCCUGUUCCCCCUCCGGGGAAGCCCACCCCAGGGGGAGUCCCAGCCCCCCCCCUCCAGAGGGAUUGCCCUCCCAGUGUUCCCAACCAGCUCCAGAACGGGAGGGAGCGAUGCCUCAGCCCGGACACGCUAUCAAUAGAGGCAGCAGCAGCAGCAGCAGCACCACGACCACUAGCGCCAGGGACGUCGUCGGCAUCAGUGGAAGAAGAAGCGACGGACAAUAAAAAACAAAGAGGAGAGGAGAGGAGUAGCUCGCAGGAGGCUGCUGCUGCCGACACUUCUGUCGCUGCUGCUGCCGCUGUCGCUGCUGAUCCAAAUACGGACCAAAGAGACAGGGGCCAGCAGCAUGUGAACAAACCCACAGAGACUUGGACGGGCGCCGACAGCUCGGCACAGAGCACGGGGGCCGCCGCAACAACCAUAAGCUUGUUGGGGGUUGGCAGCCACUUGCCCACGAGCGAGGACCUGGCAGCGGCACGGGCCAAGGCACUCCUGCUCCAGCCCACCAAACAAGAGGCGGGAGGUGGAGGAGCUGGAGGAGGAGGAGGAAGAGGGGGGGACGGAAGGCCAACGGAAGCCCAGGCGCAAGCAGGCGACCGGGCCAGCAGGCCGGAGGUCAGGGCCCUGGCCGUGGCUGGUACCGGUGCCUCUGGCGCCUCCGGUGGUGGGGGUGGUGGGGGUGGGUCGGAUGGAGGAGGUGGCCGGGGGACUGCUGGAGGAGUGGGGACUGGAGUUGGGGUUGGGAUCCCGGAGGUGCUAGUAGGCACCAUCCCGGCAGUCAUCAUUACAGACCACGGGAUGGAGACCGGUGGUGGUGGCGAGGGGGGGUCCGGCGGCGACUCCCAGGCCCAGCCCCAGGCCAGCCCCAUGGCCAACAGGAGCCUGCGGAAGCUCUCGUCCUCCUCGGCCUCCUCCACCGGCUUCUCCUCGUCCUGGGAAGAGUCGGAGGACGACAUAUCGAGCGACCCGGAGCGCGUGGAGGGCAAGUCACCUGCUUUGCUUCAGACUCAGCAGAAGGCGCAUAAAUCAUGGAAGAAGAUCAAGAACAUGGUGCACUGGUCUCCCUUUGUGAUGUCCUUCAAGAAGAAGUACCCUUGGAUUCAGCUGGCAGGCCAUGCAGGCAGCUUCAAGGCGGGUGCCAAUGGGCGCAUCCUCAAGAAGCACUGCGAGUGUGAGCAGCGCUGCCUGGACUGGCUGAUGAAGGACGCGCUGCGGCCGUACGUGCCCGCCUACCACGGCGACGUGGAGAAGGACGGCGAGAAGUACAAUCAGAUGGACGACCUGCUGGCCGAGUUCGACCUGCCCUGCGUCAUGGACUGCAAGAUGGGCGUCAGAACCUAUGUGGAGGAGGAGUUGACCAAGGCGCGCAAGAAGCCCAGCCUGCGGAGCGACAUGUACCAGAAGAUGAUCGAGGUGGACCCCGGCGCUCCCACGGCCGAGGAGACCGAGCAGAAGGCCGUCACUAAGCCGCGCUACAUGCAGUGGCGAGAGACCAUCAGCUCCACCGCCACCCUGGGCUUCCGCAUCGAGGGAAUCAAGAAGGAAGACGGGACGGUAAACAGGGACUUUAAAAAGACCAAGAGCCGGGAGCAAGUGACAGAGGCAUUCCACGACUUUGUCAAAGGAAACAAGAACAUCCUGACCUCUUAUCUUAGCAGACUAAAGCAAAUCCGGGAAACUCUGGAAAUAUCAGAUUUUUUCAAGACACAUGAGGUCAUCGGCAGCUCGCUCCUGUUUGUGCACGACAAGCGCGAGCAGGCCAAGGUGUGGAUGAUCGACUUUGGCAAGACCACGCCGCUGCCGGAGGGCCAGACGCUGAGCCACCGCGCCACCUGGGUGGAGGGCAACCGCGAGGACGGAUACCUGUACGGCCUCGACCACCUCAUUGACAUCCUCCACAGCAUGGUGGAGGCCAUAGACCAGCCGCUCUAAGGACUUCCGCACACCGGCUCCGACAAAGUGCUGAGCACCGCUGCGCAAAAGUUCGAUUCCAUUGUUUUCAAUAGGACCCCGCACACUGGCGCCGAUGUCAGCGGACAUUCGCGGAUGUCGGAUAGCGAUUUGAGACGAGUUCGUUUUUGUCGGCGCCGCCCAUUGACUAUCAAUGCUAUGUUCGUGUGAAUUUGGGUUUGGGGGUCCUAAUUAUGUUGGAAGCGAAAGUGCUCCGCAGUGCUGUCGGAGCCAAUGUGCGGCCGGCCUAAGGGGCGGAGGAGGGGACGCGCGCGUGUGUGAGAGUGUGCGUGUGUGCGUGUGGGUUAGUGUGUGUGUGUGUGAGAGAGAGAGAGAGAGAGAAAACAGAGAGGAAAAGAGAGAGCAAAUGAAUGGGUGGGUGGGGUAUCUAUUUUUAAGAGAGCUCUACUACUCUCUUUUCUUCUCCCUCCCCUCCCUGGUGGCAAGAGGCCGUACAGAGAGCACUACGGGACUUCCUGUUAUUUCUUUCCCUAGAAAAGCUAUCCGUCAACCCUUCCCAAACAUAUGAGGCAGACACAGACUGUGUGUGUGUGUGUGUGUGUGUGUGUGUGUGUGUGUGUGUGUGUGUGUGUGUGUGUGUGUGUGUGUAAGGGAGAGAGAGAGAGUGAGAGAGAACAAGGGAGAGAAAGAACUGAACUAAUGUUACAAAAAAUACAAACAAAACAAGACAAGAUGGAAGCCUCUUAACUGAAAUAGGAGGACUGGUCUCUUGUUGGGCUAUAGGUCUAUGCUGUGCUGUCCACGGUUACUGGUGUUUUGGUCGUCAUGGCAAUAUGAUACGUUUUUUUUUUUGUCAGGUUUGUCAUAACCAUAUAGGGAGAUAUGCCGCAGAGGCUUACCAUUUUUAACUUUGUGCUCUCCUUGUUGUGCUGUUAACUAACAGUGUCAGGUACUCACUGUGCAUUUCGUGUUAACACUCCACAAUUUCGUUUAUGGUUUGAACUUGUUGACUGCAGAGCACCUGUUGCUACUGGCAACCGUAGGGGUGGUAUGAAAACACUUCACCUUGCUGUCAGAGGCACUUACAGACCUGUCAGCCUGACUCACUCCCUUUUCACAGUGACUGUGUGUCGCGUGUCCUCGCGCAGACUGGGACAGACUUGCAAUUAAAGAUGUGCUUGUUACAGUAGUUCAGUAUUUUAACCAGUCCCACCAUUCCACCUUUGACCAUAAUCUACUACUCAUGAUCUUAAUCUUUGACGCAGGUUAUUAGAUUAUUUACUAAGACAACGUUUUAGCCUUAAUGUGAACACACAAUAGUCUUAUGAAGUGCCUUUCGGGUUUUAAAUAUGGGAUUUUUUUAAUGGUGUGAUAUAGUGUAAGAAUGUGAUAUAAAGUGCUCUCCUGAUCGAAGGUGGCUAACGAGUUUCCCAGAUGCCAUUGACUCAGCUCCAAAGUCAACAUUCCCUCUUUUAUUUAUUUGGUAACACUUUACUUGACGCCGGCGUCAUGUGUAUGAUGACAUAAUAGUGUCAUAACGUUGUCAUAAUGCAGUCAUGAGUGUGUCAUAAAGUGAAAAGUCUUUAAGUGAAAUUCGGUUAUGACAAAGACAGGCCGAACAAUGUCAACUUUUCAUGGCCAUUAUGGCAUUUUGUUUAUGACUCGUUCAUGACACUAUUAUGACACUGUUAUGACACUGUUAUGUCAUAUGUAUGACGCCGGCGUCAAGUAAAGUGUUACAUUUUUUUUUACAUGGAGGAUCUCCCUAGACUCCACUCUCACAGUGUGCACGUCUUUCAGGAAUCAACUCACAGCCCAGGACCAAGUACAAGUAGACUAUACUUGUCCCACUUUAUAUUCAAUGUCCUUAGGUACUUUGUACAUACAUCUUUAUUCUGUAGAAAUACAUAGCAUAUCAUGUACUACUGUAAGGCAGUACACUAGUGUUCCUUAUUUGCUAGUAUGUUAAUGUACUAUAGUGUUUAUAGUAGUGCAUUUUGGGUACAAGAUGUACUUGGGGGUUAGGGGUUAUGUGGCUCAGAGCCUGAAAAAAAAGCUAUUUUUAAUGUAUAUAAUAAGAAUACAUAGUAUUAUUUCCCAAAUGAAAUGUACACUGUUAUCAGGAUGCUUGAUAUAAAAUGGGACUGAGGUCUCUCUAUGUUACAGCCGUUAAUCCAAGUGCCUUCUAAAUUAGAGUCUGUUACAGCCCAUCUACAGGGGCACGUGUUUGUUAUCUUAUCUAUUUAAACGUUCUGCACUCAGGUGUGCGUGUGUGUUUGGAGCAUGGCUUUGCCUUGUUCAGCACUGUAAAACAUUGCAACCAGUUAAAUGUAAGAAAAAGUAAAGUUGGUAAGUUAACUCAACUUGAGAAAGCCUUGAGUUGAGUGAACUUACAAACUUAAGGCAGGAGGGCAACUGACCUUUUUACGUUUAACUGACUUGCAAUGUUUUACAGUGUACAAUGGCAGUACCAGGACCACGAUUGUGUCUGUUGAACUAAAAGCACUAGGGAAUAUUCUCAGUGUAUGUUUGUGAAACACACCACAGUCUUGCCUUAAGUAUAUUUUGCACAGGGCUUUCGUUAUGACCAACCUAUCAUUGCCUUUCCAAAUACACACACAGACACACGAGCGCGCGCGCAAACACACACACACACACACACACAGAGACACACACACACACACACACACACACACACACA